AUGGUGAAGGAACCGUCCGCCAAGCGUUAUCAUGGCGAGACGUCGGACAAGAGCAGCAACCUCGUCGACGUUCACGUCCCCGGCGAGAAGCGCGAGUACACGAGAACUCUCAUAGGGGUUGAGCUCCAUGGCAAGGAGACGCUAGAGAUCAUCUGCACUAGCGAACCAGGCAAGGCCGACGAGAUGAUGAGCAUACUCAGGAUGAAGGGCGGUGGCUUGUACCUGAGCUUCAUCAGAGUUGACGUGGAGUACACCAGCGAAGAUGAACCUCCACAGAUGGCAGCAGUCCUGCAAUUGUGCGUCGAGGAACCCUGCUUGGUGUACCACAUCGCAGCGGCCACAAAAUGGCCCAAGCGCCUCAAACAGUUCCUGCAGGAGGAGAAAUUGUACACAUUUGUCGGUUUCAGCAUUGGAGGUGACAAGCGGAUGCUGGACAAGUCUGGUUUGGAGAUCAACCCCAACAACUUCAUCGACAUGCAGCGCAAGUGGAAAGAUCUAACCACCAGCAAAUACUACGACUCCUUGGCCGAUGUUGCAGGCGGCGUCAUCCACCCACUCUACAAAGGCAUGAAGAAGAAGAUGGAGAAGAAGGAAGACCACAAACUGUGGGGGAACAGCCCGCUGCCAGACAACCUCAUCGAGUAUGCAGGAAUAGAUGCGUACACCAUGUACAAGUCAUGGAAGACAAUCGACAACAUCGUGACAGGUUGGGAUAUUUCAAAAGAGCAGGAGGCUGACCCCUACUACCACUGCAACUUCGCAGGAUGA